AUGUUGUCUCUUCUCCUGCUCGCGAGCAGGGCACUCGGUGGCCUCACUGUCGGCCCCAUCGGGCCAUGGACGCAUCCCGACGACACCCCCGCGUUCCCCUUCACGGACAAGGACGGAACAUUUUAUGCCCAGUCGGCCCAUGCAGGCUACGAAAUCGACGCCAGUCGCGUCUGGUCGUUCUUCACGGGCCCAGACAUCGACUCGCUCAAACUGAACACCGCCAUCACCCACUCGUUUGACCCCAACGAACCCCGCGACAGGAAUGACAAUACCACAUUCCGUUGCACUGUGCGCUCGCCCACGGGACGGGAGUCGACAAUGCCCCCGCCCACCUCAUCAUACAAGCAGAAGAACUUCUGCGACCUCGCAGGCAUGUGGGUUGACCCCGACACGGGUGACUGGAUUGGACUCGUCCACAACGAGUUUACGCCGAGCCCCUUUGGUGACGGACUGCACUACGACGCCAUCGACCGCGCCAUCUCCAAGGAUCAGGGUCGCACAUGGAUCAUCACGGAGCACCUCAUCACGACACCCUUCAGCACCAAGCGCGGGGACAAUGUCACUUUCCCCCAGAGCACGUACUACUACGGCAACGGUGACCCACGCGUCACCUUUGACCUAAAGGGCGGGUACGUUUACGUCUUUUACAACUCGCGCGUGGUCGACAAAGGCGGCUCUUGGAAGCUCUUUUAUCCGCACGUCGCCCGUGCUCGUCUGCAGGACAAGUUCACCGGCUUCAAGAAAUACUACAAGGGCAGCUGGGAUCAGCCCGGCGUCGGCGGCAAGGAGAGCGUGCUCGUCCCCACCUCCGUGGAUAAGAAUGGCUACUCGGCGAUCGAGUACAACCCUCGCACUCCCGGCAAGGCCGACGAGCAGGUCGCAGCUGGCAAGGCGCCCGCGACGUCGCGCCUCUUCGUCUUGGACGUGACGUACAACGCCUUCAUCGGGAAGUGGAUCGGAGAGCCCCAGAGCCCCGAGAAGGACGCUAGUCCCCAGGAGUACUACGUGUGCGACGACAUUGCCGUGCCCAAGUGGAGCCUGCUUGGUACCUCGGGCGAGACCUACAAGACCUCGAGCUGGUACCGCUGGUUCGUGGACUCGGUCUCCAAGACGAGCGGUCAGAUCACUGGGCGCAAGUGGCGCGGGUACUGCUCGUUCUACUGCCACGACAAGAAGAAUGGAGACUAUAUCGAGAUCUCGCACGACCAGGCCGACGGCGUCAAGCCCCUCUCUGGCACGCUCGGCGGAUACACCCUCAAGGCGACUGGCGAUGGCGCGUACACCCUCGGCAAGAGCGGCAAGGUUCUCGGCGUCACUGAGCGCAAGUGGGGGUCGACCGCGACUCUCGGCUCUGUUACCGACGCCAAGAGCCAGUGGUGGGUCAUCCCUGACGUCAACGGCGGCUACCGCGCUGUCAACCGCUGGAGCACGCUCGUGCUCGCUGGUGACAAGACUGUCCCCGCCCGUCACUGGGAUAAUGGUAGCGACCGCGUCGCAGACCAGAUCCUGAAGCUGCAGUAA